AUGCCGCCGCCCCGCCCCGAAGACGUGGACGAGUCCAGCGACUCCAGCGGCUCGGAGGACUCCGACGCCGCGCCGACCCCGGCGCCGCAACCGGCAGCGCCGGUGACCGUGGCCGCUGCCUCGGCGCGCGCGGCGGCGCUGGCGGAGCAGCUGGCAGCGCAGCUGGCGGUGACCACGGCGUCCCCGGCGUCCCCCGCACCGCGGCCCAAGGAGACGCCGGCGGCGAAGGAGGCGACGGAGCUGGAGCCACUGAUCCUGGAAGCCGAAGCACAGGAUCUGGUGGUCAUUGGCAAUGCCAACUGCGGUGCCUGGAUUGGAAAGGCCAUUGCGGAGAGUCAGUUUGUAGCCGUGGUGAAGACACCAGUAGCGCCCAGCACGUCGGUGAUCGUGGAUGCGCGAGUGGCUGAAGAGGCCCAGAUCAAGCCAGAAGUGCUCCAAAGACGUUGGAUGGCCUUCAGAGUCCGACGCUUGACGGGAGAUCCACGCUUACCACUGCGUGAGCUGAGCGCUCUCUGCGAUCAACUGGUGCAAGCAGGGGUUGAGCCGCGCACCUUAGUGCCCAUAGACUCCAGGAGCUAUUUGCUCAUGAGCAGGGAGCACGUGCAAGUUUCAGUAACUGCGUUGGUGCAAUGUGGCCAUAUGGUUUCGCCUGCCAGACGUGUAGUCAGUGCCAUUCCGAUCCCAGACACCCCUACUGAAGUUCCUGACUGGCAGGUGGGUGCGUGGAAGUUGCUCCAGCGUCAUAGUGCGGGGACGACAAAGGAUUGCCAGAAAGGCGAUCUCUUCCAGUGCACCCUGCGGAUCCAGGCCAAGUGUGGCAUCUACUGUGAGGUGCGCAGCCUGGAACGGCACGAGGUGACCUCAGACUUCCACACCCAGCUGAGCUCCUAUGGGAUGCUGCGGAUGGAUCAGUCGGGCGCGCGCGCUUGGCGUGAGCCCCGAGUCGACUUCCAGGUCUCGAAGGGGUCUCCAACACCCUUCCUGCGCUUCACUGAAGGUGAAGAUGGCUCAACGCUAAAGGAAGAGACCUUGAGCACCCAAGGGGAAAUGGAGACCUGGUCCAAGUUGCUGAACGCCGUGGGCGGAAGCAUCGGCAGCAUCUCUGCACUGGAACUGGACUCAGAGGAUCUGGCAGGGCUCUGGAUUUUUGCCGGAAACAUUUUCCUGCGGAUCAUCGGUGUGCCUAAGAGUCAAAGUCUUUUGGGCUCGCACUGUUGUCGUUCGCUCACACAGCUGGAGCAUUUCCAGAGUCAGGAUGCUGUGCAGAAUGAACUGCGGAAAUUCGAGGUGCUGGUUGGCGAAGUGGAACAACCAGGUUUGCUUCGUGCACGUCGCAGUACGUGGGAGGGCGCCGGUCGGCUCCUGCUAGACGCUCGGCCGGCGGAGGCCGGGGGGCCGACCGCAGGUGCGGUGGAACUGCAGCUGGAGGAUGGGGUGGUGAUACACCAAGAGCCGGACGGAAAGCAGCUGCGCUGGCGCGUCAAAGAGUGGACCUUCGAUCCCUUCACCGUGCCAGCACCGGAGAUUCCCAGCGAGCCCGAGGCGGCCAGCGAGAGUGAAAGUGUCUCGGAGAGCGUGCGGAAGAAGCAGCAGAAGGAUGCCAAGGCUGCAUCGAAGGGUGCUGCGCCGAAAGCUAAAGCCAAAGCAAAAGCGCAAGCUGCGCAAGCAGCAAGUCCAAAGAAAGAGGAGAAAGAAACAGAUGAUGAGAAAGAAGAGAAGGAAGUGAAAAAGAAAAAGCACAAGAAAAACAAGGAGGAAGACCGAGAACGCAAACGCGCGGUUUCCGAGUCCAGGUCUUCUUCCGAGGUGAAGCGAAAGAAGAAAAAGGACAAAUCAAGAGGUCGCAGUGAAAGAAAAGACAAAAAAGACAAGGAGAGAGAGAAGCGCAAGAAGAAGAAAAGCCAGCGCUCUCCCAGCCGCAGCCGCUCCAAGAGCCGUUCCAAGCGCCGCAAGAAGAACCGCCGCAGCCGCAGUCGGCGCAAGGCCUCAGCCAGCCGAAAGUCCAGCCACUCAGAGGGCAAGAAAGAGGAAAAGAAGUCGACCAAGGAAAAGCACAUUCAGGAGAGACGAGGAUCUCCGGUGCCAGAGGAACUGCCAGAGCGGGAGAUUCGCUUGCGACGCUUCGCGGAGCAAAGUAAGCUGAUUCCUCAGGCGAUGGAAGCGCUGAGAAACUUGAAGGCCGACCUUCAGGACAAGAUCAUGGAGGAAGGCCCCAUCAAGGAAGGUGAUGGGAAUCCCAUCAUCGUGCUCAUGAACCGCAUCAAAGAAGUGGCUGAAUGGGCGCAACAGGAAGCCGAGCGUUCGGAGGACAAGGCCCCGGGCACCGCGCCAGCGGAGCCCGCGGAGAACGCGCAAGCGCCUGAGACCACCCCGGAGGUUACCAAGGCGAAUGGCCAUGCAGAGGUGCCGGACUCGAUGUUGGUGCGGGCGUUCUACCUCCAGAAUCAGCUGCCGGAGGAGGCCCUGGAGACCUUAAAGGCAUUGCCAGGCGAGGUCUUGAUGAAUGUGCUGAUGCGAGGACCUCUUGAGGCAUCGGAAAAUCCCAUGCUGGCGCUUCAGAAAAGAAUAGAAGAGGCUCGAUGAGAGAGAUCUUAGCGGCCAGCGUGCUGCGAAAAGA